AUGUUGUUCAAGCCGCAAAUGCGCUUCACAAGCCGAAAGGAACCUACCUCCGGCGGGCAAGGGAGCGAGCCCAAGGACAACCCAUCCUAUCCUUCAUUCAGUUUCGCUGGUCUUGGUGCGUCUCGGGGGGUCAGGAUAACCGUCAUGGCCGCAAUUGGAGUCCUAGGUACCAUGGAGACAAUCUUUUGGACAAAGGCAUUGUGGCGUUACCUUUACCCGAGCACCGAGGUCCCUAAGAAAGACGAGUAA